CUCGUCGACGCCCUAGUCUGAGAGAGCCGAUAUUUUGCAACUACAUCCCUCCAACGCGCCUACAUCCGCCGUAUAACUUGCCCGUUCCCUAUGCCUCAUGGCCGUGCACAGUCUCCAUCAAGAGAUUCACCUAAUCGUAUUUCUUGGCACCCAGCGGCGAAGCUGUCGCCUGCCCGUCUUGUUGACUCCUUAACCUUCUGAUAUUUCGUGUCGCCUUCGUUUUCCCUCCCUUUUGCACCUACCGGAAUCAAGUCAUCCGCCAUCAUGCCUAAGGAGAAGAAUUUUAACCCUGUACAGGCCCAGCGCAAGGCAGACAAAGCGAAAGCGAUCAAAAAGGGCAAAGCAGAAGCAACCGCACGUCGCAACGAGAAGCUCUCGAAGCGGAACCCCGACAGGAUACAGAAACAGAUUGAUGAUCUAAAUAAGAUCACCUCCAGUGGUGGCAAGCUUACCAAACACGAGGAAUCCGUUCUCGAAGGACUGAGAAGGGAUCUAAAGGUGGUCACAAAGGCCCGCGAGGCUCUUGGAGACAAGGCGCCAUCGUUCGGUCGCGGCACCGGACCGAGGGACGGCAGCGGCCGGGGAAACCACAACAGCGUCCUGGGCAAGAGAAGAAGGGAUGGUAACAACGGUGACGAUUCGAGCAGCGGCAGUGAUGUGCCCGAUGAUGUUAAAAGUAUCCCGAUGCCGCGAGACACACCGCCGCCGAUCCCGAAGGAGAUUCUAGACAAGUGGUACGCGAAACGUAGGGCAGCAAGAAAUGCAAACGACACCCCCUUGGGCCACCGAGAAAGUCGGGCGAUAUCCACCCCCGUGGAAUCCAAGACUGUGUACGAAGCGAAACCGGUGGUGCGCGACCUACGGAAGGAAGCCGUCAGCGCGUUCAUGCCCACUGCGGUCCGCAUGAAGUUGGAAAAGAGCAAAGGCCAGGGUGGACUGAUGGAGCCCGAAGAAGCUGACCGGCUCGAAAGAGAAGGCUACCUCAAACCCGCAAUAGCUCAAGGCGACGCAUCGGAGUCUACGGGGGCAGGUCCGCAUAAGGUCCACAUCCAGGAAGUGGAAGACGAUCAAGAUUGAGUCUAUCGAAAGUGGCAAUCUGACUUUGAGGCUCUCUCUCAUCAUGGUGGAGACGAGCCGUUGACAACAUAUCCAUUCUCUAUGGUUCCCCUGCGUCGGAUGUGCAAUAGGCAUCCUUCUAUCUCACGCUAUCACGCUAUCCUCAUAAAUAGCAAGGACGUUCAUAGGACGCUGGGUAAACCUCAGCAUCCACAACCUGUUGGGGCAGCCUAAGCGGCGAGUCGAUUCGUUCCCUCGCCACUUUUCUUCCGCCGCUUUAAGGCCAAUAGCACCAAGGGAUCUCGAUGAAGAUCCGGGUCCCAACAGCACCUCGGGUUGCAGGUAUUCCUCUUCUUCCAGGUAUGAUGCUUGCGGCCAGUUUGAAGGCUUCGUGGAGGUUUA